AUGGGGGACGCAGCAAGGUUGCCGGUGCUCGCACCCGCUUCCGUUGGCACGCCGCGAGUUGUGGAGAUAUCGACUUUCGAACGUCGCCGUCACAUCGCUUUGACAGCUUGCUCGGAGUGUCGUGCCAAGAAACGUAAAUGCAGCGGAAAAAGUCCGUGUCCGGCAUGCGUGUCGCUGGGCAUAGAAUGCCUGCUUGACGCGGAGAGCAGUCACCGCCGCCUAGGCGGUUCCAAGCGACGAGGCGCUCAAAUGGAGAGUAAGAACUCGACUCUGAAGAAAAAGGUGCAACCGCUGGAGAUUGAGUUGUUAAGACGCCAUCCACCCGAUUUGUCAACGGCGCCUGCCGAGGCCUGCGAGGUGGCCGUGACUAGGUACGAAUCGGGUGAGACAUGCGCCCGUGAUGUUCAAGGCACGGUCUCGACAGAUUCUGUCGAGCAGACCGGGACUGAUUCAGUCUCUGUGCUCAAAAAUAGCUCUUCCGAUCGGUCGACAGAAGACUGGAACAGCAUCUGGGCUGUAUAUGAGAGAGUCCGCGACUGUGCACCGGCAGACCUGUUCAAGGUAGUCAAUGCCAUCCGCAGUAGCUCAGAUCCGACACGAGCAGCGCAAUAUUUGCACCAAGUCUCCCUUGGUCGACUCGCUGAUGCUCACGUCGGCUUGUCGAACUUAGCAGCAGAGCAUAAGCUGAUAAGCUCACCGAGGCUGCCGGCCCUGUGCGAUGAGCCUAUCCUCUUCGCUCCUGCGAAGCCAUGGACGACCAUCACAGACAGUGACCGACUGGUGUCACAUCUACUCUCUCUAUAUUUUACCUGGGAUUAUCCCUGCUACACCUGGUUUGAUCAGCAUUUGUUCUUAGCUGAUAUGAUAGCUGGCCAGUCGAGGUUCUGUUCACCACUCCUUGUAAAUGCUGUAUUAGCUCACGCCUGUCUAUACUCCUAUAGUCUCCGAAGACCGUGGGAUCGUUUUAAGGAGAUGGAUAUGUGUAUCCGUUUCCUGUCGGAAGCCCGGCAGCUCUGGAUAUCACAUCCACAGCCUACCUUGACCUCAAUUCAGGCACUGGUUGUCAUGAACCUGACCUACAACUGCCUGGGUAAGGACAAAAUCGGCUGGUCUUGCCUGGCGGCCGCGAUCCGCAUGGCAAAUGAGCUAAAAUUGUAUGAGCCGUUGUCUGGUGUCCGCAGCGCGGGUUCCGUUGAACCGGCCUGGAAUAGAGCACAUGCGGUCACAGCCUGGGGGCUUUUUGAGUGGCAGGCACUCGCGGCAAGUGUAGUGGAUGAUGCUCCGCGUUUGGACCAUCCUCCUUUUUAUGAAAUCCCAUAUUCAGACGCCGAGUUUCUCGAUCACAGUCAACGUUGGCACCCCUAUCCUUUUAGCGGUCCUCUUUACCCGUCGCGCGUCUUCUCGACGGUCAGAGCCAGGUUUCAGUUGAGCGUGAUUAUCAACGACGUCACCGAAUUCAUUUUGGAUUCCCAUCAUGCCGCUCCUACUAUCGAAACCUUUAUGUUAAUCCAUGGAAGACUCGACAACUGGUUUGUCGAACUAAGUCCCGUGCUUCAUCCUUCAAGAGACGCACCGCCACACAUCUUCAUCAUGCACCUCCACUACCACCUCGCCGUCGUCGCCCUCUGCAAGCCCAUUCUCUCCUCAGGAGAACCCAACCCCUCCGUCCUGAGCAUCUCCAGCAAAGCCAAGCUCGCCACACGCGAGAUCAUAUUCCUCUUCAAGCGGACCUUCGGCUGGAAAUCAGCCUCCAACUUCCUCAACCACGCCCUCACCUACGGCGCCUUCAACGCCAUGCCCUUCGCCAAGGACGGCGAUCCCCGCUGGCGCCAGUCCCUGGAGACUUGCAUCAGCGGCCUCUGGUACAUCUCCUUCUCCUUCCCCGUGUGCAGGUACUUGCUGCGCGCGAUCCAGCAUGCGCUCGUCGCGGCCGGGUUCGCGGAUACAGACCUUUGUCCAGAGGUUGCCCGCAUCCUGCGAUAUUUUGCGCGCAGUGUGUGGAAGAAGUCUCUGCUUGAUACAUUGGAGAGCAGGUAUCCUGCCUUUGAUCCGCAGAAUAACUUACGGACGGUGGAAGAUUUGCUUCUGUCGGUUGAGAGUCUGGCUUUGAAUGAUAAAAAUGACGGUUGA